AUGGAUGAAUUUAUGCCCCCGGAAACCCGGGAUGAGCCACGGUUAUCCUUUUCUAAAUCGAAGAGCGAUAGGCCGGGUUCACCAGACAGCUCGCACUCGAGAUCGUCCUCCCUAUCCAAGAACUCACUGCAGGAUCGUUUAUUCACAAAACUCCUCCAACAAGUCAUCCCGAAAGACGAUGAUGAGGAUGAAACCGAGUCAGGAGACAAGGCCUUUGCCUCAUCCCCUAAGAAACCGGCCUUUAGUUUGCCGGUGAUGGCGAACAAUUUCCGUCGUUUCAAUGCGAGAAUCGGCGUGGUAUUUCUGUUCCAGAGCCAGGUUGAGCGAGUGCUAACAUGGGAAACACCAACCCAUACCCUCUCGCUCCUUUUUGUCUAUUCUUUUAUCUGCUUGGACCCCCGUUUACUAUUGAUCCUACCCUUGGUGGUUCUCUUGCUUUUCAUCAUGGUUCCAGCCUUUGUGACUCGGCACCCACCACCCCCAAAUACCUCAACUUCCAGCACUACUCCCUACUAUUCUUAUGAUGGGCCGGCGUUGGCACCAGCAAGGACCAUCAAGCCAGCACCAGAGACUUCCAAGGACUUUUUACGGAACAUGCGAGAUCUCCAGAAUGUCAUGGCCGAUUUCUCAGACGUACACGAUGCAACCGUUUCUGUAGUUGCACCACUGACGAAUUUCUCGAAUGAGAAGCUCUCAUCCGCUCUCUUCUUGGGCUGCACAGUGGCCACUGUGGUAUUGUUCAUCAGCGCACAUCUCUUGCCUGUGAAGCUUGUCCUACUAGUCGGCGGCAAUGCAGCGAUUCUAUCCAUUCACCCAACUGUCCGGCAAUCCUUUGUGGACCUGAUGCAAGACAUGGCUGGCGAUUCUUUAGACACGGACUCGAUUGCAGACGACGAGAAAACCUCGGAUGGAUUUGCAUCAAUGCCCGCAAACCCGUCUGCGGCAAUGUCCUCCCUGGAAAAGCUCGCAGACAUUUCGCUAGAUACAGACCCGGAAGAGCGCGAGGUAGAGAUCUUUGAAGUGCAGCACCGGGCUGCAGGAACAUCAGAGUCAGGAUGGGAGAGUUUCCUGUUCAGUCCCGCGCCGUAUGACCCGCUCUCACCCUCUCGCAUUGCCGGAGAUCGUCCUCGUGGAUGUCGAUUCUUUGAGGAUGUUCGGGCCCCAUCUGGUUGGAACUGGAAGAGCAAAAAGUGGGAACUCGACCUGGACUGCCGCGAAUGGGUUGUGGAGCGUAUGAUCACCGGAGUUGGUUUCGAAGUUCCUGGUGUGACCGCCGAAGGCAAUGCUAUCGUCGAUGAGGAUACAGAUGAUGAGCUCCCGCUAGCCUACGGGGAUCUGCCGCCCGAGUCUCCUUUACCCAAAGAGAAAAAGAAGUCCACCAAGGAUAAGGAAAAGAAGUCCUCUGGUCGGGAUUGGGAAGAGGGUACACCUACAUCUUUCGGUGUUGGAGAAUGGAGACGGCGCCGAUGGGUACGAGUAGUGCAACGAAUCAGCCUUCCGCCGGCGGGAGUUCUCACCUACUCGACGCUGUCAUCGCCGAACCGCAACUAA